CUACCAACCAUGACCACAGUUUUCAUGAUCGCUCGUUGGUUUGGAAUUCCGACGUAUGGAGGUAGCUUUUUCCUGUACUGGGCUUUGAUUAUCUUGACGAUGCUGACUGCUAUAGACGCUGCAGCCAUUUGGAAGCUAGUUCAGUUGCUAAGUGGAAUAGCGGCAAAUAACACAAAUGGACAAGUAAUGGCUCGCCUAUCCGGAUUAAUAUUUUAUGGAAAUGCAUUGUUCUCGUUGAUGCUCUCAUGGAAAUUUAUUAAUAAAUGGAAAACUCUUUCUAUUGAUUGGCUAAGAUUAGAGACGGGUGAAAUUACUUUUCCGCCUGACGUAACUAUCAGAAGACGCGUCAUGUUGGUAGUAAUACUUGUGGCGUUAUUUGCAAUUGCGGAACAUACUUUAAGUAUGAUAUCAGCUACGGGCUUAGAUUGUCCUGCUAAUGAAUACUUCGAAAGAUACAUUUUAUCUUCUCACGGAUUUUUAUUAAAAACUUACGAAUAUACUCUUUGGCUGGCAAUACCAAUAUUUAUUAUGAGCAAAUCAGCGACAAUCCUUUGGAAUUUUCAAGAUUUGAUCAUCAUUUUGAUAAGCAUGGGAUUAACGUCGAGGUACUACAGAAUGAAUUCGUUCGUCAAAUACGUCAUUAAAUACGAGAAACGUGCCGGGAAAGUUAAAAAGUUUGGGACUGAUUACUGUUUCCAAGCAAAUACUUGGUGUAGGAUCAGACAGGCAUACGUGCAGCAGGCAGCGUUAGUUCGAAAGAUCGACGAAGACCUGGGACCUCUAGUGUUUCUCUCCAACUUGAAUAACUUGUACUUCAUCUGUUUGCAGCUGUUUUUGGGUAUUAGACGUAUAGACGGAACAUUAAUCAACAAAAUAUACUACUUCUUUUCCUUGGGAUGGCUCAUCUUACGCGCGUCCAGUGUGGUGCUCUCCGCUGCAGAUAUUAGUUUGCAUUCGAAGCGAGCCUUGCCCUAUUUGCAUUCCUGUCCAAGUUCCGCCUAUAAUAUAGAGAUCAAACGGCUGAAAGACCAAUUGAGUCACGACGUUAUAGUUUUAAGUGGAAUGGGAUAUUUCUAUUUGGAUCGACAAAAACUUUUACAGGUCGCAGCUGUCAUUGUCAAAUAUGAAUUAAUUUUACUACAAUAUGAUAAUUAA